AUGACGGAUGACAACCUUAGUGAAGAUGAUGAAUGUGUGAAAGAGGAUGGUCUGGAAGGGGAAGACCAGCGUGGCCAACAGUCUGAUCAUGUCACCAAGAAGAAAAAGAAGAAAGGCCAACACAUUAGUAUGAGGAAAAGAAAGAAAGGAGGACUGAAGUUAGAGGAGACACUGCAUGAUGGCAGUGUGGAGGAUCAGAAAGUAGAGCAGGGGGAGGAGAGAGAGUUUUCUACUCCCAGGCCCAAGAAGGAGGAGGAUGAAGAGAAAAAGAAGAAGGCAGAUGAUUUGUGGGCCAGUUUUCUGAGUGAUGUUGGUCACAAAUCCAAGCCACCGCAGGCUACUACUAAACAGCAGGCUGCACCCACAGACAGUCCGAAGAAGCCCAUUUCGGCUCCAUCAGAACCUCAACAACCAGAGCCUAAAGAGCCCUCUUUAGUCACCAUCACUAAGGUGUUUGACUUUGCUGGGGAAGAGGUCUGGGGCCCUAAGUGACCACAUGGUUGUUUAGAUGGGGUGCUAGAAGCAAGUGCAGGGUUUAAGGAGGAAAGGGAGAAGAAACAGAAGAGUGAGAGGCAGAGGCAUAGCCUUGAAUAAAAAAUUACCACUUGGCAGGAGAUGGAGGGAAAGUAUUGUCAGAUUUUACAGAAUGUUGAUUCGUGUGUGUGUGUGUUUGUGAGUGUGUGUUAUACAGUGUGGGAGGGGAUUCUUGUACUACCAGCGAGGGACUCAACCAAAAGCAUUGGCUUGUAAACAGUGACCAGCCUAAGGGGUUUAUGAAACAUCAGCUGUGCUGUUUUUUGGAAAAACUGAUGUUUUUAUGUGAGUGUGUGUGUGUGAGAGAGAAAAUUAUAGGAGGGUGGGAAUUUGUUUAAAUGCCAGCCAACCCAUGGCUUCUUGUCUAUGUGUGUGUGUGUGUGUCCUUUUCUUGAGAAAUGUACAGAGUUACGUAACUUGAUGAUAUUUACUUAUGUUCGUUAGACUGCCACUAAUACAGUCCUGGGUUUAAGUAUCUGUCUGUCUUUUUCGGUCUCCUGUGUAUCCAAAGAGGUUGAUGCUGACUCCAAGGAGGCCAAGAGCUUUCUGAAGGCCAAGGAGGAGACACCAUAUGUACAGACUGUACCCAGAAGAUUUGAGCCCUCCUCCCUUGCCCCUGGACCGAGCAAACAUGUAUAGUGAGCAAUGGUGAUUGCCUACGGAGCUGUGAAGGGAACGGCACC